AUGAUUGGAUCAUGGUAUGUUUAUAAGCCCCCCAAUUGUUCCUCACCUUCUUCGUCGCCCCCCACAUCGUCACAACAACACGAUCAAAACCAUCAUCAUUCCAUUCACCAUCAACAACAACAACAACAACAUUACAAUCAGUCAACUGUUUCGACAAUUAUUUACGCUCAACAACAACAACAACAGCAACAACAACUAGAAUUAUUAGACGAAGUCGAUAUAGACGAAGAAUAUUUACAAUUUAGUGAAGAGACAGCAGCAAUGGCUAAUUAUAAUCGACAACAACAUGGUUCAGGAAGUUUAACCGAUGAUGAUAUAUCUGAUAGUAAAGCACGAACAAAUUUAAUCAUUAAUUAUUUACCACAAACAAUGACACAAGAUGAAAUUAAAGAUUUAUUUGGAUCAAUUGGAGCUAUUGAAAGUUGUAAAUUAGUUCGAGAUAAAAUAACGGGUCAAAGCCUAGGCUAUGGAUUUGUUAAUUUUAUUCGUACAGAUGAUGCAGAAAAAGCUGUUAAACAAAUGAAUGGUUUACGUCUUCAAAAUAAAACCAUUAAAGUUUCUUUUGCUCGACCUUCGUCAGAUUCGAUCAAAGGUGCAAAUCUUUAUGUUUCGGGCAUUUCCAAAGGAAUGAGUCAGGAAGAAUUUGAGAGUACCUCAAAAGGUGUCGGUUUUAUUCGUUUUGAUCAACGUUGUGAAGCUGAAAUUGCAAUUAGUAAAUUAAAUGGAACAAUACCAAAAGGUUUUACGGAUCCGAUUAAUGUUAAAUUUGCUAAUACACCAAAUGCUGCUAAAUCAAUGAUGGGUUUACCAUUAGCACCAUACAUUUCUGGUGUACCUGGUGCACCAGCACAACAAGCUGUUUUAACGACUGUACCACCGAUUCGACAACAAUUAAAUAGGUACAGAUAUUCUCCAUUGUCACCGGCUGAUUUUUUUGCUGCAACAGCCAGUUAUCUUCCAGCUGCAGCGGCAGCGGCUGCAUCUGCAACAACGUUACCUCCUUCAACAGGUUGGUGUAUAUUUGUUUAUAAUCUUGCACCAGAAACAGAAGAAGCUGUAUUAUGGCAAUUGUUUGGACCAUUUGGAGCUGUACAAAAUGUUAAAGUGAUAAGAGACUUUCAAACACAAAAAUGCAAAGGUUUUGGUUUUGUAACAAUGACAAAUUAUGAUGAAGCAUUAAUGGCAAUCAAUUCAUUAAACGGUUUUACAUUAGGUAAUCCUGAUUCAAUUGUUCGUGCAUUAAAUCAUCUAUCAACAUCCGAUACCAAUGAUGAUUCAUCCGAAACAAACAUCGAUACAAAUAUAAAUUUUAUAAAAUGGGCUAACCGUGAAUUUUGUUUUAAUGAAACAUCAGCAAAUAAAUCGUUAAAAAAAGUUUUAUGUCGUCGUUCAACUGGUCGUGCUAUUAUUACUCGUGAACAUAUAUUCGAUUUAUUGUAUGAUGUUCAUUUUGGUCAAUCACAUUGUCGACGUGAUGUUAUGUUAAAAAUUUUAACGAAAACUUACGAUAAUGUAACACGAUCGAUUGUUGAUAGAUUUCUCGCACUAUGUCCCGUAUGUGCCGAAAAACGAACAUCAAAAAAAUAUAUUAUGAUAACAAAAAAUAGAACAUCAUCGAUUACUAUGGAUAUAAUUGAAACACAAUCGAAAAAUACUGAAAAUGGUGGUGAACGUAAUUUGACAAAUAUUCAUAUUAAAACUGAAGCAAAUGAUGUUGAAUGUAUGAACGAAAAUGAUUCACAACAAGAUGAUGAAAACGAAAGUUUUUCAAACGAAACAAAUGAUGAGCAUUAUGAUCAAACGAAUGGGUAG